AUGUUUCUAAAGAGCCUUUCAGGUUCAGAACAAUAUGAAGAGAAGAGACAGGACUCAGUGACUGAGGACCUCCAGGUUGAUAGUAGUUCAUCUAAUAGUGAACUAAUAUCAGGACUAAGUUUGCCAUGUGAUGUUUCCAGUUCUCUCCUGAGCUGUUCAACCACAGAGUCUUAUACAGAACACAAGAGUAUUGAAGAGGAAUUAGAUAGUUUCUCAUCACCUGAACUGUUCAGAGGAUCAGAUUAUUUUGAUUGGGAGUAUCCCAAGAUGAAAGAACAAAAGCAAUGCAAGAACUCUACUCUUCUGGAUAACAGUAAAGCAGUAACAAUAGAGAAGGUGCCACAGUUUUCAGACUUCUCUGCAAUUCUGAACACCUCUUUAGAAAACUAUCAAAAAUGCCACAGAAAAAAAGUGAUGACAUUAGCAGACCAAUGUAUUUCUCCAAAACCAAAGUUUACUUCAAAUUCAAAAUCAGAUAAUACAGCUUGUGAGGUUUUACUUGCUGAAAAAACUUGCCCUUCAACUCCUGAAAAAUCAAAGAAGAAAAAAACAAAUUCAAGUACUCCUGAUAAGAAAAGCAGAGGCCUGUUAACAAGUACUCCAUCUUCACAGACAGCUGAUUUCAUGAUUAAUUUGUCUUCAGUACAAAAGGCACCUUUUGAAGAACUCUUUCCAAAUAUCAGUAAUUAUGUAAACUCAGAUGAAAUUGUUCCUGUGUCAAAUUCUUCAAAUGAGAUUCCUUCAGAUACAUCAGAAAUUUGUUGUAUUAUUAGGGCAUCACCAGGAACUAGACAAAUGAAAAAUAAAGGUGUUACUGUAAAUAAGAAACAUUCUCCUCCUAAAGAUAUUACUCAAGCGCACGCCCCGCCCCCUAAGCUGCCGCGUGAUGGGAUCCGCCCGCUAGCCUAUCGGAACCGGCUCCGCCCCCCGCCCCCGCCUCCCCCCCGUUCCGCGCUCCGCCACGUGAUGCGGCUUACUGCCAGCCAAUGA